CUCCUCCCGCAGCACUCGACGCUGUCGCGGAAGUUCGUGGAGGUGAUGACCGAGUACAACGCGACGCAGUCCAAGUACCGCGACCGCUGCAAGGACCGGAUCCAGCGCCAGCUGGAGAUCACCGGGAGGACCACCACCAACGAGGAGCUGGAGGACAUGCUGGAGAGCGGGAAGUUGGCCAUCUUCACCGAUGACAUCAAGAUGGACUCGCAGAUGACGAAACAGGCGCUGAACGAGAUCGAGACGCGGCACAACGAGAUCAUCAAGCUGGAGACGAGCAUCAGGGAGCUCCACGACAUGUUCGUCGACAUGGCCAUGCUGGUCGAGAGCCAG